AUGCAGCGAGCAAACACGACCGAGAGCCUGCGCACGCCUGGCGCCAGCAUCUCGACCCUCAACCUGAACAAGCCCCCGCGGCCGGGCAUGGAGCGCGCGCCCACAUCCACCAACCUCACACGGCCGCUGCCCAUCCAACGCCUGGAGGGCAAGGUCGUCAUGAUCACGGGCGGAGGCGGCAAGGUGGGCGUCGAGUCUGCCGGCCGCCUGCUUAUCGAAGGCUGCAACGUCGCCCUCAUCGACAUCGACCAGGGUGCUCUCGAGGCUGCCGUGCCCGUCCUCAAGGCCGCCAUUCCCACAGGCUCGCCCAUCGAGUCGCGCCUGCUCACCAUUGUCGCCGACGCGACCAAGGAGCCCGACGUCGAGGCAUGCGCCAAGAAGGUGGUGCAACGCUUCGAGAGGCUCGACGCUGCCCUGCUCAACUGCUGCCAUCGCGGCGAGUCCAAGAGCAUCUUCGACGUCACCGAAGACGACUUUGACCGCAUCAUGACCAUCAACGCCAAGUCUGCAUUCCUAGGCGUCAAGUACGCUGCUACAGCCAUGCAGACCACCUCUGGUGGCGGCUCCAUCAUCAUCCGAUCCUCCAUCGCCGGUCUUCGCGGCUUCCCCAACCUCAUCUCGUACAGCGCCAGCAAGUUCGCCCUGCGCGGCAUCGCCCUUACCGCCGCUGAAGAGCUUGGUCCGCUCAACAUCCGCGUCAACACCAUCCACACGAGCAUCAUCCAAACACAGGGCUACAAGGACGGCUGGAACAAGGAGAGGCUGGCAGAGCUCAAGGAGGAGACUGCACUCGACCGCUUCAGCACCCCAGAUGACGUGGCCAGCGUCGUUGCAUUCCUCGUCAGCGAAGACAGCAAGUUCAUGACUGGUGGACAUUUGAAGAUUGACGGCGGCUGCGUCGCUGUUUAG